AUACUAAUUGACUUGUCAUUCUUUGCCAAAACUUUAACAGUUUAACAACAACUUAAGAAGAACAAAGUUAAGAGAAAAAUCUUGUUAACAUGUAUGAGAAAAUUAAUUUCGAGACCAACGGCAGCGAUGUCCAGAUAAUCGACUUAAGAAGUGAUACGAUCAGUAAACCGACUCCAGAAAUGAGGGAGGCGAUGUUUAACGCUGAAGUAGGCGAUGAUGGAUACGGGGAAGACCCCACGGUGGCGUUACUAGAGCAACGUGCCGCGGAAUUAUUGGGUAAAGAAGAUGCCGUUUUUGUUGCCAGUGGAACCAUGGCUAAUUUGAUAUCAAUUAUGGUACACUGCAGUCAAAGAGGAUGUGAACUUUUAUGUGGUGACAACGGCCAUACAUUCCUUUUGGAGCAAGCUGGAGCAUCCCAAGUAGCAGGUGUCCAACAAUCUAUACUCAAAAACAACCCAGAUGGUACAUUCGACUUGGAUGAACUAAGAAAAAAAAUUAAAAAAGGAGACGCUUUCGCCCCUAUUUCAACUCUUAUUGUCAUUGAAAACACCCACAAUAUGUGUGGAGGAAAAGUUUUGCCUUUGGAUUGGGUGCAAAAAGUGGGAAAUAUAGCCAAUGAAUACAAUCUUAAGGUACAUAUGGAUGGUGCCAGACUUAUGAAUGCCGCCGUAUAUUUAAAAGUACCACCAAAAAGGGUUUGCAGAGAUGUGGAUACUGUUUGUUUUUGUUUGAGCAAAGGACUUGGUGCCCCAGUUGGAUCAAUUUUGGCUGGAGACAGCGAAUUUAUUGCGAAGGCUCGAAGAACCAAAAAACUUCUUGGUGGAGGUUGGAGACAGGCAGGUAUUUUAGCUGCUGCUGGUUUGGUAGCACUGGAUAAGAUGAUUGAUAGAUUACAGAUUGAUCAUGAUCAUGCAUACAAAAUUGCUAAAGCAAUUCACGCCACAAAAUCAAACAUUUUCAAAGUGGACUUGGCCCAUUUGCACACCAACAUUCUCCUUAUGUACGUAGACCACAGCAAAGUGGAAAUCAGGGAUCUUCAGCGUAGAUUACAGACUGUACUGACAACUGACAGUGUUAAAGCCAGUGUUAGGUGUACCUCCUUAAACCACAAUUGUGUCAGGUUUGUGCUAUACUGGGAAAUACAAAAGGAAGAUGUUGAUAAAGCCAUCGAGAAAAUUACUUUAGUUAUAAGAGAAUACGAUGAAAUGUUUAGGGUUUAAUUUUAUUUAUU